CCUUCUCUCUGUUCAGCAGCUCUGAUGAAGAUCGCAGAGAUGAAGCUCAGAGGAAAGAGGACGAGAUCAUCCUGCUGCUGAAGAAGGCCAAGCUCUCUCUCUCCAGAGAUCAGCUCGAGGCAGCCUCUGUGUUCCUCCAUCAGGCGUUGGCUCUCGCUCAUCAGACCCACAACCACCAGGCCAUCAUCUACUGCUACAGCCUGAUGGCGAACCUGGCCUUCGUUCAGGGUCAUUUGGACCACGCAGAAAAACUAUUCAAAGCAGCGAUGAGCUUCAUGCUGUCAGGAGGGACGCCUGAGGACGAUAACGCUGUCAUCGAGAUGUCUCUGAAACUCGCCACCAUCUACGCCGAGCAGAACAAGACGGAGUUGGCAGAGCAUGGCUUCAGGUUCUGUUUGGAGUCUCUGCAGGAGAAGCUGCAGAGAAAGGAGAAGGCGGAGCCAACAGGUGAGGAGGCGGAGCCAACAGGUGAGGAGGCGGAGCCAACAGAGCAGAGGAAGGACUCCCGCCUCCUGCUCGGUCUCUGCUUCGACUCUCGAGCUCGAUACCGAGCGUCCAGACGGAGACUGCAGGAAGCGGAGAGAGACUAUAGAGAAGCUCUGAAGAUAUGUGAGGAGGAGCAGGGACACACACACCCUCAGACUCUGGUGCUGAUGAGCGACCUGGCCACCAUCUUGGAUCUGCAGGGUCGCCAUGACGACGCCCUGCAGCUGGUGCAGCAUGCGGUGGAGCUGAGUCGCAGCGUCACACACCCCGACCUGCAAGUGCUGCUGGGAAACAUGGCCGGCAUCCUGCUGCACACAGGACGGCUCGAGGACUCGGUGCGUUUCUACCAGGAGGCUCUGAGUCUGGCUCUGCAGGCCAAAGACCAGGAGGCUGUGCACGCCAUUCAGGAGGGGCUGAAGGAGGUGAAAAAGAGGAGGGAGGAGAAGAAGAAGAAGGAGGAGGAAGAGGAGAAGGAGGAGAAGGAGGAGAAGAAGGAGGAGGAAUGAUCCUCAGAGGAAGCAGGAGUAGAUCAUCCUGCAGCUUUGUGUUCAGGUCUCUAAUGAGUCUGUUCACCUCCUGUCAGUUUUUAUAUGUAAUAUGUGUUGUAUAUAAUACUGACCUAAAGGUGUGUCUGAUUCACAUUAAAUAUACAGUCACUUUUCAACAACAGUGUGAAACCAAAUAUAUUUAUACCAUUUAAUCUAAAUAAAGCAGACCAUGACUCAGCAAUAACACAGGGUCUGUUUUCUGUAAAUGUUAACGUGUUGAAACUGAGACGUGAUCAGCAGGAGAUUAUUUAUUGUGAUGUGAACUCACUGGUUGAGCUUCAAUCUCAGG